UAGUGUCUAAAUUCAGAGCAGGCCGUGAACGCGCCGCGGGCAGGAAAUAGGUACCUCAGAAGAUGAAGAAGAAACACGGUCGAAAAAUCAAAUAAAAGCGAGUUUAGAAAUGAGAAGAAGGUCUCCUGUAUGUGUCACAUGUUCUUCAUCACAGUUCUCGUCCUUCUGGGGGCAGGACUGGCUGCCAACAGCGAGAUUCACUCCCUCACUUGCAUCUACACGGCGCUCUCCAAACCCGACGGCACUCCGGGCAUCCACAAGUUCACAGCCAUGGAUUUGCUGGAUGGCAGGGCGAUCGAGUACUACGACAGUGAGAGUGAGAGGAAAGUUCCCAAACAGGAGUGGAUGAAAGAGUGUUUAUCUGCUGAGUACUGGGGAAAAGGCACAGAAGAACAGUGGUUAGAAAGCCUAAUGAAUCGAAAGAGACAGAAUGACUCGGUUGUCCACGUUCUUCAGGGGAUGCGUGGCUGUGAGGGCAAAAUGCAGCCUGAUGGCACGCUCAAGUUUCAUCGCGCUAUGCACACGUACGCCUAUGAUGGACACGACUUCCUUUCCUUCGAUUCUAAAAACAAAUUCUGGAUCGCCGCAAUUCAGGAGGCCCAACUCACCAUGAGAGAGUGGGACAGUGAUCAGGCCACGAAAGAGCGCAUCAAGAGAUACCUGGAGAAUGUGUGCAUCAAAUGGCUGAAGAUGUUCUUGGUUAGGGGGGGAAAGCAACUAGAAGAAGCCCCUCCGCCUGUCGUGUACGUGUUUGCAAAGAAGGCCAAAGUGGAGACAAACCUCAUCCUGACCUGCCUCGCCACAGGCUUCUACACAAAAGACAUCAUUGUUAGGAUCAAAAGGAACAGACGUGUUCUCGCUAAAGAGGACGGCCUGAUGAGCUCAGGAGGUCUUCCCAAUGGAGACGAUACCUUCCAGAGGAGAGACCAUGUGGAGAUACUAAAGUCUGACUUGUCAACGUUCAUCUGUAACGUCACUCACGAAGCAACAAACAUAAGUGUUAAGAAGCUUUGGGGUAAGAAACUUUGCUGUUUUUCAUUUGUCAGUUUUCUUUCUUUAGAUUAAAAUAGUGAGGUUUUCUGUUUGUCUACUGGAUCCUGCAUCACAGACAUUUUAGUCAUAUAUGAGAGUAACCCAGCCACAAGAGGCCACAAGCCAAAGCUCUCCUAGUUCCCAGAUAAAUGGAGAGGGUUGCAUCAGGAAGGGUAUCCAGCAUUUUGAUGCAGAUCAUAAAAAAUAUGAUUUCCGUAUUGGAAACGAUCUCCUCCAGUGCUACUGUUAGCCACAGAGGAGGAGAAGGUGUGUGGAGGCAGUGAGAGAGAAGGAAAGGCAGGAAUGUGGAGCUAAGAGUAGGACUCUAAAUGUAGGAACUAUAACUGGUAAAGGGAGAGAAUGGAGAGAAGGACGGUGCAUGCAGGAGAGCAGGAAAGGAAGCAAGACCAGGAGCACUGGAGCUCGGCGGUGGACUCUUUAACCAGCCUGUU